AGAAGGUGAGCAUGGAUUAUCUGGCCAUCAAAGUGGAGGAAGAAGGAGCCUUUGCAGGAAGCUGGGUCCGAAGCGGAGCAGCCGGGACGCCAGUGUGGGAUGCUGGUAUUGAAAGCAGUGACUUCACCUACUGGGCCACAGUGCUGGCUCCUGCAUCUGUGACCACCGAAGAUGCUUCUGUACUCCAAAAACAGAGCGCAGAAGACGUGGAACCCACCGUUGAGCUGCUUCCUGUUGAGUUUCAGGAAUUGAUGACAGUGAAAGAUGAAGAAAUUGACUUGGCCCAUGAGGAGGUUGAACAGCUGAAUUCUGCCCCGAGGUACAUGGGCAUGGAUAUGAAGGUGGACCACUAUGGCAGCCUGGUAUUCUGGGAUUCGGAAUCUAUGCCUGCAACUGAAGAAUUCCUUUCAAAGCAGAAAGUUUUUGAUGAAGAAUCCUACGAAAGAGAGCUGAUACUACAAAGGCUUCAAAAGGAUGAUUCCUGGGGCUCUAGGUUGAUAGAAGCCUGGGAAUGUGAAGGCAUGUUAGAAAGGAAGCAAGGAAGUCAGAAGAAAGUUCUGAGGCAUGCCUCAGCUAAACACAAGAAAAAGCCUCGAGAUUGUUAUGAAAUCGGGGAAAGUUCAGACCCAGUUAGACGUCGGAAAAGUCACCCAAUGAAAAAGCCCUGGGAAUGCACUGUGUGUGGCAGGUGCUUCAGUUACUUCUCCGCCUUUGUCCUACAUCAGAGAAUCCACACUGGAGAGAAGCCCUAUGUGUGUAGCCUGUGUGCAAAGGCCUUUAGUCGGAGUUCUUCUCUUAGCCAGCAUCAGAGAGUCCACACUGGAGAGAAACCGUACAAGUGCAGUGAGUGCGGGAAAGCCUUUAGUCACCGUUCAGCUCUCGUUCAGCAUCACGUUGUUCAUACAGGAGAGAAACCCUAUGAGUGCAAGGAAUGUGGGAAGGCCUUCAACCAAAGCACAAAUCUCAUUCAGCACCGCAGAAUCCACACUGGGGAGAGUCUCUAUACCUGCAGGGAAUGUGGGAAGGCUUUCAGCAACACCUCAUCCCUUAUUAAGCACCAGAGGGUGCACAGCACAGAGAAACCCUAUGGGUGCAGAGAGCGUGGCCCCACUCAGCAUCAAAGAACUCAUGUAAGAGAAAAGCCGUAUGAGUGCAGUGAUUGUGGAAGAGCCUUCAGCUACUGUUCAGCCUUUAUUCAGCAUCAAGGAACUCACACUGCGGAGAAACCCUACAUAUGUAGGGAAUGCAGGAAGGCCUUCAGCGACCGCUCGGCUCUUGUGAGACAUCAGAGAGUUCAUACAGGGGAGAGACCUUACAAAUGCAGAGAGUGUGAGAAAGCCUUCAGCCAGAGCUCCUCCCUUACAAAGCAUCUGAGAACCCACACUGGAGAGAAACCAUAUAGAUGCAAUGCUUGUGACAAGGCCUUCAGCCAGAGUUCAUCUCUCAUUCAACACCAGAAAACUCAUACAGGGCCAAAAUCCCACCAGUGUAAGAAGGGUGGGAAGCCCUCCAGCGUACGUUUAGCCUUUGAUCAACAGAAAGAAAUAUAUAACAAGUAGAAUGCUAUAAAUGGACAAAAGAAGUAGUCUCUCCCAUACAAACUUGUUGUAAAUAUUACAGAUCAUAUUCUAAAAACAUAAAGCAACCGUGUCCCACUGGAAAUAGCCCUCUCCUUUGGACUGCUCUGUGUGGGGAAGAGCAGCGAGAGGCAGAUGUUGGGCUUUGAAAAAAACUAUGAGAAGUGGAUUCCUGAGAGUAAGAUGUGUCAUCACCCAGAAGGAGGUCUAGGAUGGGCUAACGACAAGACUGGGGAGUUCUUGGGAUAUUGAAAAGACUGCUGAUUCUGCUGAGCCUAAGGCACACGAAGCUGUGAAGAACUUUUAAUGAAAAUUGUCAAAGUGGAUGAAGAAAUUCAAGAAGCAUGCACAUGAGUGGACUCUGGUGUCUGUGAUGUGUCUCAGCUGCAAUACCCACACCACUGAGGCUACAAAGGGAAUUUAAGAGAGAGU